AUGCGCAAAGACUUUAACCCGGAAGUGCAACGAGUAAACAACCGACCACGACGCUUCGGAGAGCGAACUUCUCCCGUUUCGUAUCGCCAGUCCGCCGCACACACCGCCGCUCACAUGUCUAAGAUCGAGAUGUUGAGGCUGCUCAUCAACCAGCGGCUCACCGCCGCCGCGGAGGAGAUCUUCGGUGUGUUCGGGAGAACCUUAGCCGAGUACGAGGAGGAGAUCUCCCGCUCCAAGCUGGAGAUCGACCGCCAGCGCCGGCUGCUGGACCUCUCCAGGAAGCCGCAGAUAUCUCUGCAGGUCAACAGCUCAGCUCUCUGUGAGCAGCAGGACUGGAGCUCCGGCCUCAGCGACAUCGAGCCUCCUCCCAUCAAAGAGGAGGAGGAGGAGGAGGAGCUGUGGACCAAUCAUCAGCAGGAGGAGGCGUCUCAGACGUCGGAGCAGAACGACGUCAAGUUCGUGUUCUUCCAGAGCGGCAGUGCGACAAGCGAGCGGGAGGACGACCGCAUGACCUCCUCGCUCUCAAAGCUCCAGGACCCGGGCGACUCGGAUCCGGACCCCCAGCCGGGCACCUCGCUGCAGCAGACCGGCUCGGACCCGGACGAGGACGUCCCCGACGCGGCGGGUAACGGCCAGCUGGACUGCGUGGAGCUAGACGCGUCGCUGUCCGCCUCGCUAGACGCGUCGCUGUCCGAGGUGCUGGACUCGUACAUCUGCACCAUUUGCGGCCGCGCGUUCGCCCAGCGAGGCCACUGGGCCAAACACGUGCAGGUGCACCGCAAGGCGGGCACCAAAGUGGACAAGUCGUACACGUGCGACAUCUGCGGGAAGAGGCUCACGCGGUUCGACGGCUAUCAGAAACACUUGAGGAUUCACACGGGGGAGAAGCCGUACUGCUGCGACGAGUGCGGCCGCCGGUUCAGCGACAACUCCAACUACAAGCGACACAUUCGCACACACGUGGGACAGAAGACAGAGCAGAGCUGAGGGACGAGUGUCCACUGAUGCUCCGCCUCCACACCGGCUGCUCUACUUUGUGUGUUACGUUUCCAUCAGAUUUGAGCUCCACUCUGAAAGUGAAACCCGGACAAAUAGUUCUGACCACAGUCGGUGUUGUGGAUCUAAAGGUUUCCUGGUUUUACUUUGACUUUGCUUUGUUUUCUACUGAAACUGGUUCAUCGACAGUCGGAGGAGGAAGAGACGGAACCGUUCUCCAUUCUGUUCUGCUGCUGUUAAACACGAGGAGGAAUAAAUGAACAUUGAUAUUUAUCCACGUUGGUGUGGAGAUGGACCGAGACAUAUUUAUAUCAAAUGUAUUUUUCUAUAUUUUCUUAACAGACAUUUCUACACCUUCAAGGGAAAUGAACCCUUUGUUUGUUCCAUGUGGAUCGAUCACUGCUGAUGUUGAUGUAUUCAGCUGGAGGAUGGCUCUGUGAUUAGACAGGAAGAUGAUCUGUAACGGCUGCAGAGCUGCGCCUACAUGUCCCAGGAUGCAUUGCGCGCGAGCUGCAACUACUUUACACAAAAACUCCCUUUUAGUCUGACGUAAACUAAAUAAACACGCCAACGAAGGAAAUCAUUUAGCAUCUAAACUAUUAAACUUUCACCGGACGAAGAAAACGUUCCAACAAACUCUGUUUUGGUCUAAAUUCAUAUUUAAUUCAUGAGUAAUAUGUGAGAAUAUUCUGGCUCUACGCAGAAUAAUUAUUAAAUAUAUGCAGACCGCUCUAACAGCUGGAGCAGUCUGAUGACAUCACAGACGACGCUCGCUUCUCGUUACGACAUUUAAAACUUAAGACGGUCUCGUGUCACGACGUGAUGUUCAUAUUCAUCGUCCGGCCCUGAAGUCGACGCUCCAACAACACUGUACGACAUGAAGAAAUAAAACCACUUGAUUGAGAACUCAUCUUCAUGUUUCUGUCGUUUGUGUUUAAUGUCCGGUCACAUGGACAGCGAGGCCGAAACGUAUUGAUCAUCACUUAGAGAUGUUAAAACUGUUAAAGACGUUUAAACUUGGAGACUGCUGCUGAGAGAUUUAUUUUCAGGCCGUUUUAAUUAAUUCUGAUCUUAAAAUAACACGCUGACAGUCUCUACAUACGUACAGCCGUCUCCAUCAGGUCACUCUGUUCAUCUUCAUCUUCACUCCGUGUAUCUUCACAACGAGGCUGAACAUGUUCGGUCCAUGAAGAGAUCAACUAGUUGAUGUUAUUUUACGCCAGCAGGUGGCAGCACAACACUUUAUUUAAAACAGCUUCUAGUGAACCAGCGCGGUUUGUUUUAGCAGCUUAAUUAUUCAAUACGUCUGAUCUGCUGAUAAAAUGUCACGAAUAGGAUUAAUGAAUUAAAAUAUUGUGUUUGUAUGAAUUUACUUUAAAUGAGAAGAAAAGAAUAAAUCUACAAUAAAACAGUAGAUCCGAUGGUUGUAUGUAAACACAAAGCGUUGUUUUAGUCUCUCCACAGACUGAAUAUCUAUGUUGUUCAGAACUCUUCAUCUCUUCAUCUUCAGUUCUCUGGAACAUCUUCACCCUCUCUACAUUCACACAAACUAAAUCACUUCUCGAAGAACCUCAGCGAUCCCCGGACAGCAGCCCGUGUCUCCUCCAGCCUCUGGGACGUCAUGAAGGAACUCCUUCUGACCUCGACUUGUAGAACCCAGUCAGUGACUCGCAUCACCGUUAGCUGCUGGCUCAGCUGGUUCCAUGUUUGUUUCUCGAGCUGUGUGGAGGUGCUGUGCUCUGAGCUCCAUCUCGAGGACUCCUAGGCCUCCUUUAGGAUACCUGACGAACCGCUCAGGGAUUCCUUAAAUCCUUCAAGAACUCCUGAACCCACCCACACUCAAGAGGUUUUGUCGAGGGGUCGUGGACUCUUGUAACUCAGGUCCUCAGUCCUCGUAAGGACUCUUGAAACAUCCUGAAGGCCUUGAACCUCAUUCAGAAUCAUAAUUAAGGGAACAAACCCUCCUGGACUAGAACCUGGUUCUAAUGGUCUGUUGCAACUCCUCCUGUUCUUCACUCACAGCUUCCACAGGAACAGAAGCGCCGUACUCAGAGAGAUGUUCCACAGUCGCCUUUAUUUACACGUUAAUAACAGCAGUAAGGUAAACAGACAUUAUUACAUUGUCGUUGUGGUGUGGCCCACCGGGUGGCGCUGUGAGUCCAUCAUCAGUGAUGUCACAGUGUCUCUGCCCCCCCCCCCUCUGGCUGAAUCAACAGAGAGCACGUUCAGAGGACGGGAGCGGAGAACCACCAACUGAAUAAACUAAUUUAUUUUCAAGGUUACAAGUGCAUCUUCAUACAAAACCCAUUUUCUUAUUAUAAAACGAGCUGUCGUGUUUAUUCUGCAGCACCUGGUGGGAACCCUCAAGGACCAGCGAGUCCUUCAGACCCACACCAGCAGCUGCUGCUUCCUGCUGACAGCUUUCUAUUCAGAACAAGAUGGAGACUCUUGUUGCUCACGCUGUCUUCAUGUCGAUGAACGCAGACUCUUCUUUGGACCAGAUGACCUGCUCUGUGUGAGAAACACUGAGGCGAUGUUUCUGUUUCACCUUCUCUACACCGCGGCCUCUGGACCAGGACUCAGUGCUGAUGGAGGUGCAGGUCCUGUUCUAUUGACGCAGGUUGUCUCUGCUCUGCGUCCACACUGAGCUGCGUAUCGUUUGGUGUGUGAGUUUCUGAGUGAGUUGACGUAUUUGUGUUAUUAGUUGGCUAAAAUGUUUCGUAAAUGAAAUGACAAAAGUAUGAAAGUCGUUCAUAAGAAAGGCGACGUAUUCAAAUGACCAACGGUCUUGAAUACGUUCAGUUCACUGAGAAAUCAACAGCAGUAAAUCUCAUUCAUUCUCACGUCGGUUCCUUAACAGCAGCCCAGAGUCUCUGCUCUGUUCCCUUCAUGUUGUUCAUCAACACAUGAUUUAGUUGUCAUGAUGCAGUUGUUUGUCUGUUAGAUUUGAAAUCUCUUGCAACAUAUUUCACCAGCUGAAUGCUGCACAGAAAUGUAAGUUUCACAUUGAAAAAGAAAAAGACUGAAAGUUAAAUUAUACGGAGCAAGUUUAGAGCGUCUGCAUGUCGACCUCUGUAGAAGAGAAGAGAAGGAAACCAAUGUGAAGAGUUCUGUAUGUUUGUGCAGUUCACUUUAUAACACGUGUAUUUAACGAGGUGAGACU